GCCUCGUAUCAUGUUAGUUUUUGGCUCCAUAUGUAUUCCAUACAUAUAGGAAGCUAAUAGAGUAGCAGAUUUCCAUUUAAUUUUUUCAAAGGGACUUUAGUGUUUGUUGUCCCUCCCCUUAUUUCCUACUUUACCUAGGCUUGCAUGCCAGGGCAGUGGGUGCUUGGUUAAGAAAAAGAAACUGACCCUCUUCCUUAUCAAGUAUGAAUCUGUGUGCCCAUUCCAACAUGCAGCCUGCAGGUGACCUGGAUACACUGGAGAGAGUGAUCAACUCCAGUCAACAUCAUGUUGAUGAAUAUGAAAGGAGGGUAAUGGGGCUUGAAAAAUGCGAGGGAGGUAGAAGUGUGUACCCUUUGCCUCUACCCAUUUCUCCUGGUUCCCUCUCAUUAACCCCUCCUAUUCUAGCUUUUCUUUAUCUCUUCCCAACACUAUACACUCCUUCCUCUUCCUGGGCAGAUAUUCCUCUGCCCCCUAGUUCCCUAGUAGAUAGUCAGGAAUCCUGUGUGGUUAUCCAGAUUGUAGUUCUCAUAUCAGAUACUUAAAACCUAACAUCCUUAACAGCAGACACAUGAAAUGUUUGUUGUUUUGGGUCUGGGUUUGCUAAAUCAGGAUGAUUUUUUUAGGUCCAUCAGGCCAGUCUUAGGGUUACAGAUUGCAAUGGCUGCCCUAACUGCCCUCAGUACUCCCUUUGAAGGCCAUGCAAAUAGAUCUACUUCAGCGUCAACAUUGACAGAGCUUUGAACAAGCACUGAGGGGGCUGGGCUCCUAACAGUGGAGUCUGAGGGGGGCACACAUGGAGCAUAAGCAUAGGGUACAGUCCGUAAGCCAGCUCCAUUGUGAGCUCAGAGCAUGUCACUAUGGUGGUGCCAGUGCAGCUGUGUUACUAGGUGAUGAAGUAUAGUUCAAUUAACCCUGAACGAGCAGGUCUUGCCUACACUUCUUUGGCAAGAAUUGGUGAUUUUAGCAAACUCUUAUCGUAUAAUUUGGGAGGUGGAGAUUAGCUAAAUGGGAGGGAAGAGAGGGUAAGAAGGUCCUGGGCGGCCCUAGAGCUCCAUAAUGGAGGAAGAUUUUGAAUAUGAUGCUCUGGCAUUGAAGUUCCCCAGAAGGGGACGCUGGUACACCCGUCUGUGGCGCUCCUGUCCUGGUUUUGGAUGCCUGCGUCAAAAGAAAACGACGAAAUUUCCCCUCUAUCUGAUCGGGUAUGAUCCCGUGGGUCGAUUACAAAGAGCGGCCUGUGUUGGGGACGUGGAGAAAAUUGAAAGUAUGAUCCAUGAGUGUCAUCAUCAUGUGGAUGAAUCUGAUUGGAGGGGCAGGACAUCGCUGCAUUAUGCGAGUGCCCACAACCAUCCAGAUGUAGUGACACUGUUAUUAGAAAAUAAGUCCAACAUUAACAUCCAGGAUGAUGAAGGCUGCACACCGUUGAUUAAGGCUGCGCAGCGGGACAACACACAUUGUGUUUGUGUAUUGCUCAGGCACAAUGCUAAUCCAAAUUUGAUGGAUUACAGUGGGAAUACAGCCUUUCACCAUGCCAUUUCCAGGGGCAGCAUAGCAAUUGUAAAGAUGCUCCUGGAGUACAACGUAGAUAUUGAAGCCAAAACAGAGUAUGGCUUGACACCACUGCAACUUGCAACAUAUGAAAAUCAGACUGAAAUGAUAAACUUCUUAGAAUCAAUGAGUGCAGAUGCACAGGCCGUGCAAGUGUCAAACAGGUACAGUUUCUUCUCUUCUACAAUCUUAGUGUUGUUCUUGAUGGUGAGAAUUGCUUAAGUCAGGAAUAUUAAUAUGAUAUUAAAUGAUUUGAAAAACUCUGAGAGAAAUAUUUAGAAAGCUUAUUACACACGAAAUAUGAGCUAGAAAAGAGACUGUUCCAACACAACAAAAGAACAGCAGUACCAGGAGUACUACAUAGCUCAGUAGUUCAGUUCGUGAGUCAUGAACCAAGACAAAGAAUAAGCUAGAUCAGCUGUUGGUCCACUUCAGUAUUUUUUAUUCUGACACAGUUUGCCACUGAAUUAAAGGUCAUGUGUGUCAUUGGCAAAUGUUCUACCAUGAAUAAACACCCCCAGUCCCUGAGUCUGAAAUUUUAUAAUUUCUGACCUUAAAAAUGACAGUAUAAGCCAUAUCUUUAGAAUUAUAUGUUACAUAAUCACAGGUAAUAAAUAGUGUUUCCUAAUGAUCUGUUUGAAAUGUCCAAUGCAGUAGAAAACAACCUUUUGCUAGGAGGUGUUCGGUAAACUUUCAUCCUGUAAUUAACUAGCAAUGUUGGUGAUAUUGCACUCCAAGACAUUUUUGUAUCACAUUUCAGAUGGAGCUUUUAAUGUGGAUAUAUAAAUAGUUCAUUUCCUUCCACAUAUUCUGGUAUUUUAGAAUUAUAAAUCUUCUCCUAGAUUUUGUGAAUGUUUAGCUCUAAAAAAAUUGAUCUUACAAAGCUAUAUACCCUUCCAUAUGAAAUAAAAUUAUUAUGCUGAAAUUCCCUGUUUAGUACACAUGUUUACCUAAUGUUUAUGUUGAGCCAUUAUUUCCAGACAACAGAUCUGUGCUUUAAGGUGAGCCUUUCUAGAGAGAGCUCACUCUCCUUUCAAAACUUAAUGCUCUUUGAAAUAUUUAAUUUUAUUUUUUCUUAUUCAUUUUACAUCAAACUCACUGACCCUGUCUCAGUCUCCCUAUUCCACAGUCCUUUCUGGUUCCCCUUCCCCUUCACCUCUGAGCAGUCAUGGAUCCCCUAUGUAUCCCCACACCCUGGCACUUCAAGUCUCUGCAAGGGUAGACACUUCCUCUCUCUCCAAGGUCAGACAAGGCAGCUCAGCUAGAAGGAGGUAUCCCAUGUAUAAGCAACAGCUUUUUGAUAGGCCCCAUCCCAGUUGACUGGGACCCAUAUGAAAACCUAGCUGCUCUUCUGCUACAUAUGAGUGGGAAGGUGUGAGUCCAGCCCGUGUAUGUUCUGUGGUUGGUGGUUCAGUCUCUGAGAGCCCCAGGCGUCCAGGUUAUUUCACUUUGUUGUUUGUCCUCUGGAGUUCUUAUCUCCUUGCAGACCUGGAAUCUUUCCUCCUAGUGUUCCCUAAGAGUCUACUGCCAUACAUCCCUGAGCAAGGCAAAUAUUCUCUUUAGAGUUUUUAAGAGGGAGGGAGGAGAGAGAGACAGAGAGACAGAGAGAGAGAGAGAGAGAGACAGAGACAGAGACAGAGACAGAGACAGACAGAGAGAGACAGAGAGAGAGACAGAGAGAGACAGAGAGAGAGACAGAGAGAGAGACAGAGUGUCAGAGAGAGAGAGAGAGAGAGAGAGACAGAGAGAGAGAUUGAUUGAUUGUGUGUAUGCAUGCUUGAGCCUUUUAGUUUGUGUUCUAUUUAAAAGCUAACCAUGCCUCAUGUUUUCUCUUGAGAAAGUCGCAAGGAUACCAGUCAACAGUCAUAGUGAAUUGCUGAAAAAUAAAUUCAAAAUUGUUUGACUAGACCUGUAGUUCCAUGAAUUACAUCCCAGACUGUGGGAGGGAGGAGACACACAGACCUUUGUGAGUUAAGUACAACAUGGUCUAUGGCGUGGGUUUCAGACCAGCAUGGCUACAUAGUGAGAUCCGGUUUCAAAAAACAUUGUUUGUGAACAUCUAAACUAAGAUACAGGGGACUGAAAUAUAAAGGGCUUCAAAUGCUCGCUAAAUGUUUUUCUUAUGAAUAGUACAAUAACCAUAACUUAUAAAUCUAUGCCACAGUGCAAGAAGACCAGCACAUAAAAAAGAAGUGAAGCAUGUAAGAUUUUUGGAAGGUAAGAUUUUUUAUAUCAUAUAUAAAUUUACUAUAUUGUAGCUGGUCUUAUUCACCCUAGAUAAAAUAGUGCGGACAUUUUAGCUCCUCUCCUACUGUGACCACACAAGGCAGCCCAGCUAGCAGAAAGGAAUCCAAAUGCAGGCAACAGAAUGAGAACCUGCCCUCACUUCAGUAAAUCAGGAGUCCACAUGAAGAGCACGUGAAGCUGCACGUCUGCUACCUCUGAAUAUGGGGUCUAUGUGCAGCCCUGACGUGCUCUUUGAUAGGUGGUUCAGUCCCUGUGAGCCCUCAUGGGCCCCUGUUGGUUAAUCUGUAGGUUUUCUUGUUGUGUUUCUGAACCUUCAAUGGCACUGUCCUCCUUUGAAUUCAAUAUCCUUCCCCCAACUCUUUCACAAGACGCCCCAACCUCCACCUGAUAUUUAUUUGGCUGUGGGUGUGUACAUCUGUUUCUAUCCAGUGCUUGAUGAAGACUCUCAGAAGAAUUAUCCAAGGUUUCUGUCUGCAAGCAUAGCAAAAUAUCAUUAAUGGAGUCAAAGACUGGCUCUCUCCCACAGGGUGGGUCUCAAGUUGGUCCAGUUAUUGGUUUGGUAUCUCCUUAAUGUCCGUUCCAUUUUAACCUGCAUAUCUUGCUGGUAGGAUAAAUUUUGGGUUGAUGUUUUUCUGAGUGCUUUGGUGUUCUCCUCCUUCUCCUGGAAGUCUCCCCUGUGUACAGAAGAUGACCACUGAAAGCUGCAUAUCACCUGCUGCUAGUAGGCUCUGCAAGUCUCAGCUCCAUAGAUAGACUGCUAAGAGCCCCCAUGGUUCCUGGUCUUUGUUUCACCACAGAGAUGCCUCUCCACUGGUAUCUUCUGUCCCAGCUCCCACACCACACCUGCUCUGCACCUUAGUUCCCCUCCCCAUCCUACUAAUUUCCCUCCCUCAAUCGAAUCCUGAUAUCUAUUUCAUUUUCUCUCCUGAGUGAGAUUCACGCAUCUUCCCUUGGGCCCUCAUUACUUAGGUUCUUUAGGUCUGUGCACUGUGGCCUGGUUAUUCUGUAAUUUAUGGCUGCUAAGGUCCUCACCUUUAAGUGAGUACAUACCAUGCCUGUCCUUCUCGGUUUCAGUUACCUCAUCCAAUAUGAUGUUUGCCAAUCCCAUCCAUUUGCCUGCAAUUUUCUCAAAUUCCAUGUUUUUCAUAGCUGAGUAUUAUUUCAUUGUGCAAAUAUACCACAUUUCCUUAAUCAGUUUUUCAGUUGUCUCCUGUCCAUGGCUAUUACAAGGAGAGGUUUUAUGAACAUAGCUAAGCAAGUGUGCUUGGGUGGUAUGGUGGAGCAAGUUUGGGGUAUAUGCCCAUGAUUGACAUAGUUGUGUCUUAAGGUAAAAACUAUUUCAAAAUUUUUGGAAAAAAAAAACCCGCCAAAUUGCUUUUCAAAAGGGAUUUUAGGGGUUGGAGUUUAGCUCAGCGGUAGAGCACUUGCCUAGCAAGCGCAAGGCCCUGGGUUCGGUCCCCAGCUCUGAAAAAAAGAAAAAGAAAAAAAAAGAAAAGGGAUUUUAAUGUCUCUCCCACCAACAAUGGAGGAAUGUUCCCUUUGCUCAAUAUCCUUGUCAGCAUGGCUGUCCCUUGAGGUUUUGAUUCUGGCUGCUCUGACUGGUGUAGGAUGGACUCAGGGUACUUCUGAUCUGCAUUCAGUGAUGACUGAAGAUGAGCAUUUGAUGUCUCUCGGCCUCCUGAGCAUCCUCGGCUGGGAAUGCUUCGUUUACCACUGUACACCAUAUUCAGAUUGGUUUAUUGCUGUCUAACUUUUUGGGCUUUUUAUAUAUUUUAACCAUUAUUUCUCUGUGAAGUGUAAGACUGAUGACGAUCUUUUCCCAAAAUGUAGGCUUCUCUUUUGUCCUUUUGAUGGUGUCCUUUGCUUUACAGAGGUUUUUAAGUUUUGUGAGUCCCCAUUUAUCAAUCAUUGAUAUCAGAGGCUGGGACAGUGGUGUGCUGUUCAGGAAAUUGUCUACUGUACCGAUGUCCUCAGUAUAUUGAAGUUUCUGUUUCAAUGUCAAGGUCUUUCAUCCACAUGAACUUGAGUUUUGUGCAGGUUGAGAAAUACAGAUCUAUUUGCAUUCUUCUUCAUGCAGACAUACAGUUACACCUGCACCAUUUGUUGAAGAAACUUUCCUAUUUUCCCCAUUGUGUGGUUUUGCCUUUGUCAAAAUCAUGUGUUGGUAGGUAUGUGUGUUUUUUCUUUGAUUUGAUUCCAUCGGUCAACUUUUUGUUUCUAUACUAAUUCUAUACAGCUUUUGUUAUGAUUGCUCUGUGAUAUGUCUUGAUAUCAGGGAUGAUGAUACCUCCAAAAAUUAUUUAAUUAUUCAAGAUAUCUAUCUAUCUAUCAUCUAUCUAUCUAUCUAUGUAUCUAUCAUCUAUCUAUCAUCUAUGUAUCUAUCAUCUAUCUAUCAUCUAUCUGUCAGCUAUCAUGGGUUUUUUGUUUUUUAAAGAAUUGCUCUUUCAAGGUCUGUAAAUAAUGGUCUUGCAAUUUUGAAGAGAAAUGCAUUGACUGUGAAGAUGCUUUUUGUAAGAUGGCCAUUUUCACCUUGUUAAUCCUAUCCAUCUGUAGUAUAGGAGAUCUUUCCAUCUUCAGAUGUCCUGUUAAUUCCUUUUUCAGAGACAUAAAGUUUUUGACAGGCAGAACUUUAAGUAGCUUGAUUAGAGUUGUACUGGGCUAUUUAAUGUUAUCUGUGGUUACUGUAAAGGGUUUUGCUUGACUAAAUUUUUCUUAUCCCUUUUAACUGUUGCAUGAGGAAGGGCUGCUGGUUUUUUGAGUUAAUCUUGUAUUCAGACACUUUUCUGUAAGGGUUUAUCACCUUUGGUGUAGGAGUUCUUUGGUAGAUUUUGUGAGGUCUCUUUUGUCUGUGGGCAGCUUUGCUUACUCUCUGGUUUUAAGUUUCUCUGCAUAUAAGUUGUUAGUGUUUAUUGGCUGGUUCAGGUAUGCAAAUUUGAUCACUGAGGUCUCUAAGACUUUUAACAUGAAGGGGUGCUUGAUUUUAUCAACGACUUUAUCAGCAUCUAAUGUGAUGACCAAGUGAAUUUUUUUGAUAUCUCCACCCCUGCCAGCUUCAGCUAUCCAUUCAUUUUCAUGGCUGUCAAGCCAUCUCCCCUGUAUCUCCCCAGACCCGAUCCUGAAACACUCAGUUGUCUCAAAUUUACCCACUCCCACCUAGUUCCUUCCUUCCUCUGCCUCCUCUGAGUAUUUUCCGGUAUGUUCUAAGUUAGAUUCAAAAUCCUCUCUUGGACCUUUCUUCUUCAUCUUCUUUUGGUCUUGAGUAUAGUAUUGAUAUCCUGUACUUUAUUGCUAAUAUCCACUUAGAAGUGAGUAUACGCCAUCCAUGUCUUUUGGGUCUGGGUUAUGUCACUCAGGAAGUUAUUCUCAAGUUCUAUUCAUUCACCUGCAAAGGUCAUUAUGUCUUUGUCUUUAGUAGGUGAAUAGUAUCCCACAUUGUCUUUUUUCAUUAAAAAAAAAAAACUUCACCCUUGUCAGUUGAAGAUUUCCAUUCACUUUCAGGACCAUCCAUCCAUCUCUCCUCUUCCUUACCCACACCUGAUUCCGAACCCAUCCCAUAGCCCUCUGUAUCUCUUCUCUAUUCAGUUCACUCCCUCCGUCUUCCUCUUAGGACUGCUUUAUGCACUCCUUUAAGUGAGAUACAGGCAUCCUCACUUGUGCAUUCCUUCUUGUGUAGCUUUUCUGAGUCUGUGGAUAAUAGCAUGGUGUCUGUAUUUUUGGCCAAUAACCAUCUAUAAGUGAGUACAUAACACACAUGUCCUGUUUGGACUCCGGAGGAUAUUCUCAAGUUCCAUUGAUUUACCUGCAAAAUUCAUUCUGCCUUUGUUUGUAAUAGUGGGAUAAUAUGCCAUUUUGAAAGUAUACAUCACUUUCUUUUUUUUUAUUAACUUAUGUAUUUCUUAUUUACAUUUCAAGUGUUAUUCCAUUUCCCAGUUU